CGCUCAUCUCAGCUCACAAUGUGCUCUUCUCUUCUCAGACAGGACACUACCCCUGACCAUGUAAAGGAAGAAAACUAGUAUUCCACUUUUUGUUUGCGCCCUCUGGUGGCAAAGAUAAUUGCAACGUGACAACUUACCCAUGUGACAACAAGCCCCUGUCUCCCCUUCUGCAACACAUCGUUGCCGUUUGCAGACUUUUUUCAGUUGCACCUGUUUUUAAUAACAUUCAUUCAAUCAGUCAGUUCCUCCUCCUUACUGCUACUUCUACUAUUUUUGCCAUUUUAAACUCCUUAUUUACAAAAUUGUGAUGAUCAAAAGCCUUCAGUUCGGCACACUUCCUCAAUUAAGCUAAACGCGGAACUGUGAAGUCCGAGAGACAUGUUUCCACACGGAUGUAUAUCACACAGGACAUAUAUUAGCGCCGCUAAAGUUUUCUCGCAGAGGGAAAAGUUGUCAGUCUGAUCCGUUUCUCUGGAUGUUAAUGAUUUAAUUCGGGCUGUUUGGUUAAUUUCCGUAAAACUCUGAGACUUUGGGAGACUUUUAGAAGUGUUUCGAUUCAUCGCUGUCAGAAGUUUUUUGGAAAAAAAGUUUCUUCUUUUUUUCUUCUUCCUUUUUUUGUUUUAUUUUUUUAUUUUUUUCUUUCGCUGAAGAAAAAAGUUUCCCUGGAGUUUUAAAGUUGUUAUUUUUAGUUCCUGUAAAAUCAUGGCUUGCGAAGGAAACGGCAUGUCAGGUAAGAUUUGUAGGAGGUUUGAAGCCUGUUAUAACACAGAAGAGGUGAAUUCAGUUGUUUUAAUCUGCUCAUGAAUCAGGUUUUACUAACAUUUAUGUACAUUAAUAUCGUUUACUCCACAGAUGCGAGGAUAGGAGAAGCCCUCAUUAAAGAGUGAGUUGACCUUUAUUGCCUCUUGUGCUUUAAACUUUACUUUUUUAAUGUAAUAUUUUUAACUAUUAUUUUAAUUCUACUGUGUAAUUGAUUUUUAAUGUAAAACAACAUAUAAAGGAAGAAAAGAGAGUAAAAUCCUCUCCUGUGUUUGGGUAAAAUUAUGCCAUUGUUUACACUUAACAGAAGGGGUGCAGUCAUCCUAUCAGUCAUCUAUAUCAAACAUUUCCUGGUGAGAAGUCCAGGCCCACUCUUUUAAAGUUUCCAGCUGACUCUGAUGAAGUUUUUGUUAAUUUAUUUUUGGUUAAAUGUAAAACAGCUAAAUUAAUUUUGUCAAUCCAACUCCUUUAGACAGCACUUAGAUUGAAGAGUCUUAGUGCUGUCUUUCUAAUUUGAUAUGUGAACGAGUUAAAAUAAACUACCAUUAGAUAAAGUGUUUUUAACAGCACACUGAAAUGAUUGUUUGUCUUCCUAGAAUGUGAACUUCCUACAGGAAGUGCCAUGCGUUCAUAUUUUUUUUCCCUCUUUACACAACAAAUAAAGUUCUCCUAAAAUUUGGUGCCUAACAUCAAGCCACAUUUUAAAAAGUUUAGCUUGAAAGCGUUGAAGAUUAUGGCUCUUGCAGCAGUAACAGAGGUUUCUGAUUAAAAGCAGCUUUCAGUUUCAUUUUUACAUGGCAGCAGUGACCCUCUUACGGUAAAUUAGCAGGCUUUAACUACACCCACCUGGGCUGUAUCAUGACUCAUUUAUGGGACAAACGGUCCAGGUUGUUAUUUGCUUGAAUGAUAAGCUAUUUUCGGAAUGGGUGUGCACGCCUCAGGUAUGUUUAUUGUUUCCAGUUGUUUUAUGUAUGGCAGAGUGGUUUAUAAUAAACAAGUUUUUAGUGUUAUAACAGAGCUUCUUCCACUCUUACUUUGCACAGAAUAAAAGUUACAUAGACAUUUUGUUUCAGCAGCUGAUAGCAUCAUCUGCUUUCCUAAUUUAGACAGAGAUUCCCUGAGCCAUUAAAUCUUUUUCUUAAUAACAAAUUAUUGUAUCUUAUGGAUGUUUACUAUGUGUCAUGGAGCUGGGUGAAGGGGAAGUAGUGAGGAAAUGUAUCCUGUGCAUGUGACCACAAGUGUUUUAUUUAUUCCUUCACUUUGAAACACAUUGUUACUCAGAAUUAUAAACCACAGUUGAUGGUUUCUGACCAGUCAGAAUCAAGUUUUCAACUCAGCUGGAUGGUUAGGAAGAAAGCUGGGUGAUAAACGCUCAGGCUGUCUGACAGAUUACUCUCUGUGAUGCUCAAACCCUUUUGUCCAAACUCACCUCUUACUCCAGAGACCUUAAUACUGUGAGACAGGAAUCAGCAGAGUAAUAGGUGACAUACUUGAACAAACUGACACUGAAAAUAUAAAAUGUAAUAUUGUCUUGCCUCAGUAUGGUGUUAUUGAUAGUGUUUGCUUCUGUUUCAGAGUGAUACAGGAGGAACUGAAAGAUGUGCCUUCUGAAGAAAUCCCACCUCUCACUCCUCUGGCCGUAGAGCUGAAGACUGAGCAGGAGCGGAAGAUCGUUACCCAGCUCGGCAUAAUGGUCCGCAUAGUUGGCGACAAGGUCAAGGAUGACCAAGAGUUCCAGGAGUGAGUGUCUGACAGGUAAUGAGUUUGUAAAGUCUUUUAAAAAUUGAAUUUUGUUGACAUCUCUUUAUGUUUCUCUUGCAGUGCCAUUGACGGGAUUGCAUCUUGUUCCGGCUCUAAGUGGGAGAGUUUCAAAGCGGUGGCCGACAAAGUGUUCGAGCAUGGUAUCACCUGGGAGAAUAUUGCUGUGCUCUUUUACGUUGCAGGAAAGCUAGCUCUCAAGGUGUGUUAAAUUUUGCUAUAUUUUCAUGGGAAGCUGUUAAACAUGAAUCUUAAAGGUACAGCAAUAUAACAUGGAGGUUUUGUGUUGCUUUGAUAUGAAAUAAGUGGACAGUAGUUCCUGCUUUGUAUUGAAAGAAGCUAAAAUCUCAUUCAAUUCACAAAAUUUGGCGUCGAUUAAGUGCCGUCAUUGUGAAUUAAAAAGUAUUUUCCAGCUAUUCAAUAAUUAAUUCAAAUAUACUUCUGACUGCUGCAGCUUUUUUUUCAAUAAACCUUUAUUUAUAAAGCGCAUUUGUGUCCCAUCAGCUGGUUGAAGCUCAUCUCCCUCAGUCAGUGAGGGACAUCCUCAGUUGGACCGUGGAGUUUUUCAGAAACAAUCUACUGGGUUGGAUUCGGGACCAUGGAGGAUGGGUAUGUUGGGCCUUCAUUUGGUCUAUCUUGUCUUUUUCAGAGCAGUUCAUGAAGCAUGCAGACUGUACGCACAUAUGUGAGCGAGUCAGUGGGGGAAUCAUGGGAAUUGUUCUCAUUUUGACCAUCAGGUGGGGCUGUUGAACCAAGAUGAUAAAAUUCAUCCUAAAAGACACAUUUGUCACACAGAAGAGUAACAAUUAGAGGUCAACACCAAUUCCAUAAUGUAUCAUCAAAAACAUGAUUGUUUAUUAAUUAUACUUUUUAAUUAUAAUUAUCAACACUUGUCUUAAGUUGUUUUAUUGUCUAAACAAAACAUUAAAUAAACUACAUAAGUAAAGGGACAACUAUAGCAAGAUACACAGCACAUUAAUAAGUGAGCUGCAUUAACAGAACUGACAGCAAGAGCUGAUAAAUAGCAAUAUAUGGCAUCAAGAAAGCCAAUAGCCUGUGCUGCACUGUGUGACAUGAUGCGUCUCUCCACAGAUAAACAGUUUCUCAGAUCUGGCAGUUGCAUCUGUGCAAAGCGUGUCAUCGAUGAGCUCCAGUAACUACGGCCUGGUCCUGAUCUUUUCUGCUGGCUUGCUUAUUGGAAGCUUCAUCACUUGGAGAUUCUCCAGAUAGCUCUGAGGCAGAGGGAAAAUCAUACAUACACACACGUACAUACACUCUCACACACACAGACACACUUACACGCACACUCCAGACCAAGGUCAAGCUGAGUGUCAUUUACAGAUCAGAUGGAAAUUAACCAGAGAGGUUUGAUUCACGAGAGUUUUAAGUUUUGCACCUGCUGAACCUGCACAAAUGAGACAAAAAGAAUAAUGACAUAAUGUAAUUCAGGAAGCACAUUCCAACCGUCCACUGCACCCACACUGCGCCGCACAACAAACGCAGUCUCUGUUCUUUGGUGCUGUUUGCACAUACUUUAACGAAUCAUCGUGCAUUUAAUUGAGACAAACUUGUGUCCAAAAGUGCUGCAGCUGUGCAGGAUUAUUUAUCAUGGACGCCAGUGUCAAGCUUCCAUUGAUCAGAACAACAAUUUCACCUCUGGUUGGUCUGAAAUGAGUAUAUGUUAAAAUGAACAGGGAUGAGAGUUUGCUGCUUUUGCUGCCUCACUGAAAUCUUCAUCAUUUCUGUCAUGAGUCCAGUUCACAUCAGACGCAGAGCGCACAGAGCAGAGAAACCUAAUGUGAGCGUUUGGGCUUGAAAACUGGUUGCUCAAUAUUUCUUGUGAAUUGGAUCUUUAGAUGGAUUUGUCAGUCGGGGCAAAUGAAGUGCAACUCUUGGUGCUAUUUGUUGCUAUAAUCCAUUCUUAGUGAUAAGGACAACAUGUGUACAACAUAUUCCCACCUUACCUGAUUUGAUACAAGAGCCCAUUCAUUAUGAGACACUCAGGGUCAACUCUUAGUAUACCUAUUUUAGAGGGAAUUUUUCAGAUUGACGGUAAAAAUAACGAGACUGUUUUUGAUCAUGUAUUGAUUUGACUAUGCUCGAGGAAACCAAUAACUUACUACUUGAAUGAGUCAAUGAGGAAUAUUUAAAAUCAUCCAUUAAAAAAAAAAAAAAUCUGUGUAUUGAGACUAUUGAAUGCUCUGACAUUUCAUGGUCUAAGUGAAUAACGGUUGUUUGUUUUUCUGUAAAAGUACACGUAUAGAUGUUUAUUAGUGUCCCCUCAAGCUCGGUUGAUUUUAGGAAGAAAUCACUGAAAUGUAUUGGCUCUGUGUCUUGCAUUGUCGUUCUUAUACCGCACAGUUCAACAGUCGGUUAUUUGCAGCCCAGAAACAACAUUUUGAAGGGAGCUUUUCCAUGUAUUGGGUCAUUUGUAUUGCACAAAGCUGUAAGAGCUGGUUUAAAGCGUAUUAUAUGAGGUUUUGUUAUUUUACAUUUUGAAGGCUUAAAAAAGAAAAACCAAAGUUGAAAAUUAUUUAUUUGUAUUUUAAAUAAAUCAGGGAAAAAAAGAUAUUGAAUUUAAAUUUGGUUUAAAAAAUUAAGUUUUCAUAAAACCUUCAGUUUCUGGGUCUUAAAAACUGUCAUUUUAAAGUUGAUAACAUAUCUUAAUUACUUAAUACUGUCACUCUUUUCCUUAUAUCUGGCCUUAACACUCUAUGGUACAGUUAUAAUAUCACAAUAUUAUAUUUACCAGGGCUGAACAAAAGCUGGCUCUACGCUGUCGGUCACGAUCAUUUGAUUCAGUGCCUUGAGUAAACUCUUCUGUUUACAUAUAUCUGUAUACGACCAGGUUAUUGCAUGGAAUAAAAGUGAUGUUGGUUACAGUAUAAGUUCCUGGCUUGAUUCUGAUGUAAACCUGCAAUGUAAAAAUGAAAUCCAAUUCAAUGUUCAAACAAAGUCACGGAAUAUUAAAGCCAUUUUUUAAGCGAC